AUGAAUUCUGAUUCGAAAAACAUCAUUUAUUGCUACUAAGCCAGCACUGAGUGAAUCUCAAGCUAUUGCCGUGGCGGAAAAUGUAUAUGGCCUACAAGUAACUAAAGUGAAGCCCCUACCAAGUUAUGACGACCAAAAUUUCUAUAUCCAGACCACAAGUGAUGUAACAGAUGGUGGAAAUGAAUUUGUCUUGAAGAUUAUAAAUGGUGAAUGCAGUAAAAGCACAGAACUUGUUGAAGCGCAAACCUAUGUCAUGAAGUUCUUGCAUGAUGAAGGUCUUCCUACCCAAUAUCCUAUGUUAACACAAAGUGGUCAUAUUAUGUCCCUAGAAGCUAUAGACUAUGGCAAUGUAGUACAGAAUCAUGCCGUGAGACUUCUGAGCUACCUUCCUGGAACACCAGCAGCUCAAAUUACAGCAACAGCAACUCCACAAAUAUUAUAUGACAUCGGCAAAAUGGCGGCCACUCUUGAUGACAAGUUAGCAAAGAAAUUUCAGCAUCCACAUAAAGAGCAUUUUAACCGUGGAAAGUUCAUUUGGAACUUGUCAAAUGUCCCAUUGCUGAGGAAAUAUCUAUAUGCAGUUACGGAAGAAAGUUUACAUAAAAGAAUUGAAGGAGUCAUCAACGAAUAUGAGACUUCUGUACAACCAAAUCUGAAACUGUUUCGCAAAUGCAUAAAUCAUGGCGACUUAAAUGACUACAAUAUACUUGUGCAAAAGACCAACACAUCAGAUGGAAACACUAAGGAACAGUACCAAGUGUCAGGAAUUCUGGAUUUUAGUGACAUGAGCUAUGGUUAUUAUGUUUUUGAAGUGGCAAUCACAAUUAUGUACAUGAUGAUUGAAAGUAAAGACCCUCUUCCUGUAGGAGGGUAUGUACUUGAAGGAUUUGAAAGCGUCAUCCCAUUGACCAGAGAAGAAAAGGAGGCCAUCUUCACCUUGGUGUGUAGUAGAUUUGCUCAGUCUCUAGUCAUGGCCAAGUACAGCGUCCUGCUUUGCCCAGCCAAUGAAGAUUACCUUAUGAUAACCUCUAAAACUGGCUGGAAGCAUUUAAUCACACUACUUGAUAAGGGCAAAGAAGGUGUACAGAAAAUCUGGGAAGAAACUGCAAGAAGGUACCGUGAGACGAUGCAUCAGAUCUAA